AUGCCUGCUGCCCCGAAGCAGAGAAAGAUUGCCAUUGUUGGCAGUCGUUCCGUGGGAAAAUCCUCCCUUACGGUCCGCUUCGUUGAGCAUCACUUCGUGGAAAGUUAUUACCCCACAAUUGAAAACACUUUCAGCCGGAUCAUCAAAUACAACGGUCAGGACUAUGCCACCGAAAUCGUAGACACGGCUGGACAGGAUGAAUACAGCAUUUUAAACUCGAAGCAUUUCAUCGGCAUCCAUGGGUAUAUCAUUGCAUACUCGGUGACAUCGCGCCAGUCUUUUGAAAUGGUAAAGACUAUUCGUGACAAGAUCUUGAACCAUCUGGGAGCAGACGAAGUGCCUCUGGUAGUUGUAGGCAAUAAGAGUGACCUGAAGCCAGAGCAACGACAAGUCUCAUUGGAUGAGGGCCGCAAACUGGCGGAAGAGGUCAACUGUGCAUUCACCGAGGCCAGUGCCUUCCUCGACUUCAAUGUCGACAACGCAUUCGAGCUGAUGAUUGGGGAGAUUGAAAAAUCUCAGAAUCCGUCUCAACCUACCGGGGGCAAUAAGUGUGCUUUGAUGUGA